AUGGCGCCAGUUGGGAUAAUGAGUCGUCUCAAGAGUUUGUACUCGAAGCAGGAUGAACCUGCACUGUCGGAGAGGACGGUCGCUAUUUUGUCUGUUCUACUCACCCUACUCUACGUGGUGCCAUUCUAUCUCUCCCCAACAACUCGCCCUUCCCCAAGUCUCAGCCGUGAUGCCCCAUCCGUCAUUCGCGCCCGCAUCCGCGCAGUGACAGGCUCCUGUAUUGCCAGCUGCAUCAUCGUGCUCUACCUCAUCGUCCAAGAGGGCGGUUCCUCUCUCGGCGCGGGAGCCAGACAGUUGGGCUGGUGGCCCGUCGGCCUACUCGAGACCAUGCGCGGUCUCCUCCUAACAGCCAUCCUCUUCACGGGUCCGCUAUUCGAGCGCGGCAUUGUCGAGGGUGAAUGGAAAUUUUGGUUCCGCCGUUCUAAACUCUCAGAGAGUCUCGGUGGCUGGAUUGGCUGGAGGAAUUAUGUCGCUGGCCCCUUCACAGAAGAAGUUCUCUUCCGCUCGGCGAUCGUGCCGCUGCACUUACUAGCACACACAUCGCCCAGCCGAAUUGUCUUCAUCGCACCACUGUACUUCGGCAUCGCGCACGUGCACCACUUCUACGAGUUCCGUCUGACGCACCCGGACACACCGGCUUUCGCCGCGCUGCUGCGGUCGCUGUUCCAAUUCGGGUACACGACUGUCUUCGGCUGGUAUGCGACUUUUGUGUUUUUGCGAACUGGCUCAUUGCUGGCUGUGGUUCUCAUCCACAGUUUCUGUAAUUGGUGUGGACUGCCUCGGUUUUGGGGACGGGUGGAGGCUGGUGAGCCUAUUGGGCCCCCUGUCACUCGGAGUAAGGAAGACUCUGAUGCUGGUGUUGAGGUUGCGGGUGGGACUUUGGGGAUUGGGUGGACGGUGGCUUAUUAUUUGCUACUGGUUGCCGGGGCGGUUGGCUUCGCUCGGGGUUUGUGGCCGUUGACGGAGUCUUAUCAUGCUUUGGUUUCGUUUACGGGGAAGGCGGCUUAG